AUGUCUGCAGAAAGGUGGCCAGAAAAUGUUGGCAUUCUUGCAAUGGAAGUUUACUUUCCAUCAACAUUUGUUUCACAAGACAGACUUGAAAGGCAUGAUGGUGUUGGACAAGGAAAAUACACUAUUGGUUUAGGGCAAAAAAAGAUGUCAUUUUGUGAUGAUCAAGAGGACAUAUAUUCAUUUUGUUUGACUGUUGUCAAGGGUCUACUGGAGAAGAAUAGAAUUGACCCAAGAGAUAUUGGAAGGCUAGAAGUAGGAACUGAAACAAUAAUAGAUAAAUCAAAAUCGAUUAAAACUGUUCUUAUGCAACUGUUUGAGAAAUCAGGAAACAGUAACAUUGAAGGGAUUGACACUACAAAUGCUUGUUAUGGUGGCACAGCAGCACUUUUUAAUGCACUGAAUUGGAUUGAGAGUAGUGCGUGGGAUGGGAGAUAUGCAAUUGUGGUGAUGGGAGACAUUGCCAUUUAUGCAGAAGGAAAUGCACGAUGUACUGGAGGGGCAGGAGCUAUCGCUUUUCUUGUUGGAAAGGAUGCACCCCUUGUCAUUGAUAGAGGACUAAGAGGUACCCACAUGCAGCAUUGUUAUGAUUUCUACAAACCAAAUAUGGUCUCUGAGUAUCCAGUUGUUGAUGGGAAGCUGUCCAUUCAAUGUUACUUCACUGCUUUAGACAAGUGCUAUCAGUUAUACAAGAACAGUUUUCGUAGGCAACAUAAAGAUCUGCAAUGUGAUCCAAAUAUGGAGUCUUUUAAUUACUUCAUUUUUCACACACCAUUUUGUAAAAUAGUACAGAAAUCUUUUGGAAGAUUGAUGCUACAUGAUCUGUUCAGUUUGAAAGAUGGUGAACUAACAGAAGAGCAAAAGUCAAAAUAUAGCAGUCUUUUGGAAUACAGGGAGAUGAAAUUGGAAGAUACUUUGACAGAUCAAAAAUCAAGCAAAGAAAUAGAAAAAUGUGCAGUGGAGUGCAGUAAGGAGCUUUUUAAAAAAAUGACCAAGCCAUCACUGCUAUUGGCUGAAAACACUGGCAACAUGUAUACACCAUCUUUAUAUUCAGGACUUGCCAGUAUCUUAAUCAAUAUUGAUGAAGAGGAACUUGUAAAAAAGCGAAUUGUUUUGUUCUCAUAUGGAUCUGGCCUUGCUUCGACAAUGUUUUCUCUGAAAGUUUGUCCUGAGGAAUAUCUUCGUCCAAAACUUACACGCAUAAUCUACCAAAUGCAGGCUGUGAAAUCACGGCUAAAUGAAAGAACAGAAAUUGAGCCAGAGGACUUUGUGAAAAUUCUAAAAAGAAGAGAAGAAAUACACCAUCUACCAAACUACACUCCAGCUGCAACCACUGAUUACUUGUGGCCAGGAACUUACUAUCUAACCAGCGUUGAUAAGGAGUUUCGAAGGUCAUAUUCUCGGAAACCAAGAAUAAAGCUAUCAGAAUCAUUAGAAAAAUCAUGUGAAUUUUUAUGAUUAUCAUUGCCUUGUACCUUUACUUAUUUAGAUUAAAUAAAAUUAUUGGUUUCUUUUGCAGUUUUGUACUGAAAGAGUGUUAUUUGUUAAAUCCUUGUAGUUUAUUAAUAUAAUUCAGAGGAAUACUGACCUUUUUUCG